CAACCGUCCUGAUAGGGAAGGAGCAGCCUCGCAGCAGCCACAUCCGCUAGCGCCAUGCACGGCCCAGAAAGUGCAACCAAUCUUCGAAAUGAAUCUCUGAAAUGCGAUCGCGUGCACCAUACAGCCGUCACUAUGGACUGAGGCGAGGUCGCAGGGACGCGCAGUCUCAACGUCGAAUAUGUCAUCCGGAUCUACCACUCAAGUUGGGAGCUCGCGCUCAGCGCGAUCUUCCCUCGACGAGGUGGGCUACGAACGACAGCGGCAGCGCGGCGCCAUGUAUCGAAGGGAGUCCAACAUGAGCGAGGCGAGCUUCCUCACAGACGUCGAAAUGGCGCAGGACGAAGUCUUCUCAGGACCAAUGUCUGAGAGCGUGCCAACUGCGACAUCAGCCUUCUCCCAUCGCCGCUCUCGGGCCGAUUCGACAACGAGCUUUACGUACUACGAUGAGGAUCAGGACGUAGACUCCGAGGAGUGGUUGGAGGAGGCAGUGUUGGAUGAACAAGAUGAGCUGGAGCGGCAGGGUGAGCUUGAUGCUGCCGACACAUUCAUUGAGCCGGAGGCCGAGACGGAGGUUGAGGAAGACGAGCAGAAUGGCCAUCGACCGAGUCUUAGCAAGACGAGGAAGUCGUCUGGCGUAUCGAGAUCCUCAAGAACGUCACGAAGCUCCCGAACGUCCAAAUCGAGCCGAACAAGCCGAACGUCGGCUGAGAGCCCGUUGCUGAAAAGGCACGUAUCCACCGGGUCUGACAGAAGCGAUUACCGAAGUGGUGGACGCAUGAGCCAGAAGAUCUACAUCCUUACGGAGGACAUGACCAUUGUGGUUGCUGGCUUUACGACGUCGCUUUUCGGCUUCGCCAUGUACCUAAGCAUCUGCGUGCUUACCGGCGGUAUUGGCUACCUUGUACUACGCUGGCUGCCGCGGUGGUACGUUCGUAUUGUGGGCAAAGCUACGCCACUAGAGAAGUGCGACUGGCUAGUUAUCGAGAACCAGUGGAACGAGAUGGUAAUCCAACGGCUAAGCAAGCAGGAGUUUGGACACUCUCUAUCUGCGGUUUUCGGCGAGAACGAGAAGAGCAAAUUUAGAGACUACGACGAGUACGACGAUCCCAUUAUGGACGAGCUCCGCAUACUCGACUACCGCUACAUCCGCUUCUGCUACCAUCCGGUGAAGGACAAGUUCGUCCUCGGCAAUACCUGGAAGGACCCGACGUGGACCGACAUCAACACGGUGAGGCAAGGCAUAGACAGCGACGAGCAAGAGAACCGCGAACGCAUCUUUGGUAAAAACCUCAUUGACAUCGAGCAGAAGUCGACCGGCCAGCUAUUGCUCGAUGAAGCAUUCCAUCCCUUCUACGUUUUCCAAAUUGCCAGUUUGAUUCUAUGGUCGUUGGACUCAUACUACUUCUAUGCCGCCUGCAUCUUGAUAAUCUCGGUGGUCAGCAUCACAACCACGCUGCUUGAGACGAGGGCAACCAUGAAGCGCUUGCGGGAGAUCUCACGCUUCGACUGCGACGUCCGUGUGCUGCGUGGUGGCUUCUGGCGAUACGUUGAGUCGGGCGAGCUGGUACCCGGCGACGUCUACGAGGUUACAGACCCGAAUCUCGGCCAGUUUCCGUGCGACAGCCUGUUGCUUUCCGGCGACUGCAUCGUCAAUGAAAGCAUGCUUACUGGGGAGUCGGUGCCUGUGUCGAAGACGCCUGCUUCAGAUGAGACCCUGGAGAUGCUGAAUCUAAGCGCUUCUUCGAUGCAUCCCGACGUUGCAAAGCAUCUGCUGUUCAGCGGCACCAAGAUCAUCCGAGCACGACGACCGCAGGAUGACAAGAGCGACGAGGCUGCUGCAUUGGCUCUCGUUGUCCGCACCGGCUUCAACACGACCAAAGGUGCGUUGGUGCGCUCAAUGCUCUUUCCGAAGCCUUCUGGAUUCAAGUUCUAUCGCGACUCAUUCCGGUACAUCUCGGUCAUGGCUUGCAUUGCUGCGGUUGGCUUCAUUGCAUCGCUCAUUAACUUCGUCCGACUGGGUCUGCACCCUGGUCUCAUCGUCGUCCGCGCGCUUGACUUGAUCACAAUUGUGGUGCCGCCUGCUCUGCCGGCUACGCUAACCAUUGGCACGAACUUCGCGCUGCAGCGCCUGAAGGCGAAGCUGAUCUUCUGCAUCAGCCCGCAGAGGGUGAACGUGGGCGGGAGGCUGGACGUCAUGUGUUUUGACAAGACUGGAACGCUCACUGAAGACGGGCUGGAUGUGCUCGGUGUUAGAGUUGUCUCACGGCCUACGAACCGCUUCAGCGACAUACGAUCCGACUCUUCGUCCCUCUUGCCAGGAGGGCAGUAUGAGCGAGAUCCUACGAUCGACUACAACGCCAAUAAGGCCAUUCUAUAUACCAUGGCAACGUGCCACUCAUUGCGCAUUGUCGAGGAUGCUUUCAUCGGCGACCCGCUGGAUCUGAAAAUGUUUGAGUUCACCGGCUGGCAAUUCGAAGAAGGUUCUGAGCGCCCUACCACCGGAGAGGAGGAGGAGGAUAACUCACUCACGCCUUCUGUGGCUCGGCCGCCGCCUGGCAUGGAAUUUGACCUGGAUGAGGAAGAAAACUCACCAAACAGUCGCAGACCGAUUGAGCUGGGCGUAUUGAAGACCUUCGAAUUCGUCUCGCAGCUACGGCGCGCAAGCGUCAUCGUACGCCAAUUCAGUGAGAAGAGCGGUGAUGUCUAUGUCAAGGGUGCUCCGGAGGCGAUGAAAGACAUUUGCAAACCGGACAGCUUUCCCCCAGAUUACGAUGAGCUGCUGGCGUACUACACUCACCGAGGCUUCCGAGUCAUUGCCUGCGCUACAAAGCAUAUCUUCAAGCUUAAUUGGUUGAAGGUGCAGAAGAUGAAGCGGGAGGAGGCCGAGUCCAACCUGGAGUUUGUGGGCUUCAUCAUCUUCGAAAACAAGCUGAAAGAGCGAACGACUGAGAUCAUUGAAGAGCUCACGGAUGCGAAUAUACGCACAGUGAUGUGUACGGGCGACAACAUCUUGACGGCCAUUAGCGUCGCGAGAGAGUGCGGACUCAUUGAUCGCUCAGCACACUGCUUCGUGCCACACUUCGCCGAAGGUGAUGCACACACACCACUCUCGAAGCUCGCUUGGGAAAGCGUUGACAAUCCGGUGUACACCCUGGAUGAGAACACGUUGAAGCCCCUACCGCCGCCUGCUGAACACGACUCCUCGCUCCCUUACGACGUCUCCAACCUCCGCAACUAUUCUGUAGCUGUGACUGGCGACGUUUUCCGAUGGCUGGUGGACUUCGCGUCGCCGAAAGUGCUACGCGAAAUGCUUGUCGUUGGCCAGGUCUUCGCACGUAUGUCGCCGGAUGAGAAGCACGAGCUAGUCGAGAAGUUGCAGAGUAUCGACUACUGUGCAGGCUUCUGUGGCGACGGCGCCAACGAUUGCGGCGCGCUAAAAGCUGCAGAUGUCGGUAUCUCACUUUCGGAGGCCGAAGCAUCGGUUGCUGCGCCCUUCACGAGCCGUGUCUUUGACAUCAGCUGUGUGCCGGAAGUCAUUCGAGAAGGUCGGGCAGCGCUGGUGACGAGUUUCAGCUGCUUCAAGUACAUGAGCUUGUACUCGGCCAUUCAAUUCACAUCUGUGAGCUUCCUCUACGCCUCAGCGAGCAACCUGGGCGACUUUCAGUUCCUCUACAUCGACCUGCUGCUUAUCUUACCGAUUGCGAUCUUCAUGGGCUGGACUGGACCGUAUCCAGAGCUGUCCAGGAAGCGGCCGACCGCCAGUCUAGUUUCUCGCAAGGUCCUGACGUCUCUGCUUGGCCAAAUCGUCCUCUGCGUGAUCACGCAGCUUAUCGGGUGGCUUGUCGUGCGGAGACAGCCAUGGUACCAACCACCUGUGCUCGACAAAGAGCAUUCCAACUCGGAGAAUUCAGAGAACACUACUCUCUUCCUACUCUCUUGCUACCAAUACAUACUCGCAGCUGUUGUACUGUCGGUUGGCCGACCAUUCCGGCAAAGCAUGGCGCAUAAUCUCCCAUUCGUUGUAACAAUGCUGGUCACGCUGGCAAUCACGACUUACUUGCUGCUAGACCCAGCGCCAUGGCUGUACAACCUGAUGGGGCUGACUUGGAUCAGCAACGAGUUCAAGAUCUUCAUCCUGGCGUUGGCAUUUGGCAGCUUCGCGGUAAGCUUCUCGGCGGAGAGGCAGGUCUUGCCGAGACUGGCCAAGGCAGUCAAGCGCUUCGAUCAGAGAAUUAGAGGAAGCGUGAAGAAGCGGAAAGAGUACAAAGUCAUCUCGGAAGAGAUGCGUAUGUAGACCGAGCUGUAUAUCAAGUAUAUUACCCAGGUGUAAUGACUCCAUACCCGCCCGAGCCAUGCUAUCGUCAGACGAUCGGCAGGCUGCUGGAGCUCCGUCG